ACCGCCAUGAACCACUUCCAGGCCAUCCUGGCCCAGGUGCGCGCGCUGCUCUCCAGCCAGCAGCCCAGGCAGGUGCAGGCCCUCCUGGAUGGCCUGCUGGAAGAAGAGCUGCUCUCUAGGGAGUACCACUGUGCCCUGCUUCGUGAGCCUGAUGGCGAAGCUCUGGCCAGGAAGAUUUCCCUGACCCUGCUGGAGAAAGGGGACUUAGACCUGCCUUUCUUGAGCUGGGUCUGCAGCCGACUGCAGGUCCCCGUGGCAGAGAAGGGCAUCAGCUACAGGGACCAUGGAGGCCAUAACCUGUGCGCCACCAUGGAACUGGGGUCUCUGGAGGGCAGCUACCUGGAGCUCCUUAACAGCGAUGCCGACCCCCUACACCUCUACCACCUCUAUGACCAGAUGGACCUGGCGGGGCAGACCGAGAUCGAGCUCAGCUCAGAGCCAGACACAGACACCAUCAACUGCGACCAGUUCAGCAAGCUGUUAGAGGACAUGGAAGGGGAUGAAGAGACCCGGGAGGCCUAUGCCAACAUCGCGGAACUGGAUCAGUACGUGUUCCAGGACACCCAGCUGGAGGGCCUCAGAAAGGACCUCUUUAUAGAGUACAUUGGCGCGGAGGAAGGCUUCAGCGAGAACACAGAAGUCCCUGUAGAUGCAGGACAGAGGCCUCAGAAGAGACGCUUACCAGAAGAGCACGCUAUGGACUCAAAGCAAAGGAAGCUAGUGCCCCCCUCCAGGUCCUCACUGAACUGUUUGGAUCUCCCCGCUGGGCACAUCCAGAUCCUCACCGCUGUACCUCAGGGGCUCUGGCAAAUCUCAGGGACUGGCACAGGGCUCUCCAGUGUCCUAAUCUACCACGGUGAGAUGCCCCAGGCCAACCAAGUACUCCCUUCAAGCAGCCCUACUGUCCCCAGCCUUCCCAAAUCCCCAGACCGACCAGGCUCCACCAGCCCCUUCGCGCCAUCUGCAGCUGACCUGCCCAGUAUGCCCGAACCUGCGCUGACCUCCCGAAUAAAUGAGACAGAGGACACAAUAUCCCCCUCCCCAUGCCAAGUCAGUCCUGAGUCUUCCAACAAGCUUCCAAAAUGGCCAGAGUCUGUGGAGCAGUUCCAGCACUCCCUGCGGGACAAGUACCAGGCGUUGCCGGAGAGCCCGAGUGGUCCCCUGAUAGCCAUGGAGCUGGUGCGGGCCAGGUUGGAAAGAGGCAGCAACAAGAGUCAGGAAAGGGAGCUGGCCACUCCAGACUGGACAGAGCGCCAGCUAGCCCAUGGUGGUCUGGCGGAGGUGCUUCAGGUUGUCAGUGACUAUAGGCGACUGCGAGAGACAAAGGUGGUUGCUGUGCUGGGAAAGGCUGGCCAGGGCAAGAGCCACUGGGCCCGGACAGUGAGUCACGCCUGGGCCUGUGACCAGUUGCCACAAUAUGACUUUGUUUUUCAUGUUCCCUGUCAUUGCUUGGAUCGUCCAGGGGACACCUACCAGCUGCGGGACUUGCUUUGUCCCCCAAGCCUUCAGCCAUUGGCCAUGGAUGAUGAGGUCUUUGGUCACAUUGUGAAGCAGCCAGACCGUGUCUUGCUCAUUCUAGAUGCUUUUGAGGAGCUAGAGGCCCAAGAAGGCCUCUUGCAUGGACCCUAUGGACCUCUGUCCCCAGAGCCCUACUCCCUCCGAGGACUGUUAGCUGGGCUUUUCCAGCGGAAACUGCUGCGUGGCUGUACCCUGCUUCUCACAGCCCGGCCUCGGGGCCGACUGGCUCAGAGCUUGAGCAAGGCAGAUGCCAUCUUUGAGGUACCCAGCUUCUCUACCAAACAGGCUCUGACUUAUGUGAGGCAAUACUUUGAGAACUCAGGGACAGCAGGGAACCAAGACAAGGCCCUGGGCCUCCUGCAGGGCCAGCCUUUUCUCCUCACCCACAGUCAUAGCCCUGUUCUGUGUAAGGCCAUGUGCCAGCUCUCCAAGGCCCUGCUGGAACGGGGCACAGAGGCCAAGCUGCCUUGCACACUUACAGGACUCUAUGUUGGCUUGCUAGGCCCUGCAGCCCGGGACAGUCCUUCAGGAGCCUUAGUUGAGCUGGCCAAGCUGGCCUGGGAGCUGGGCCGCAGACACCAAAGCACCUUGCAAGAAACCCAAUUUUCAUCCAUGGAGGUGAAAACCUGGGCAGUGACCCAAGGCUUAGUGCAGCCCACCCUGGGGACCACAGAGGCCCAGCUGGUCUUCUCCAGUUUUCUGCUACAGUGCUUCCUGGGUGCUGUGUGGCUGGCACAGUGCACUGAAAUCAAAGACAAGGAGCUGCCGCAGUACCUGGCCUUGACCCCAAGGAAGAAGAGACCUUAUGACAAUUGGCUGGAGGGUGUACCACGCUUCUUGACUGGAUUGGUUUUCCAGCCUCGUGCCCACUGCCUGGGAGCCCUGGUGGAGCCCACAGUGGCUGCAGAGGCAGACAGGAAACGGAAGGUUCUUACCAGAUACCUGAAGCGUCUGAAGCUGAGGACACUUCGGGCCGGGCGGUUGCUGGAGCUGCUACACUGUGCCCAUGAGACACAGGAACCUGGGAUUUGGGAGCAUGUGGCACACCAACUCCCUGGGCACCUCUCCUUCCUGGGCACCCGGCUCACACCCCCAGAUGUGCAUGUACUGGGCAGGGCCUUAGAGAUGGCCAGCCAGGACUUCUCCCUGGACCUUCGUCAGACUGGCAUUGAGACCUCUGGACUGGGGAGCCUCGUGGGACUCAGCUGUGUUACAGGUUUCAGGGCCUCCUUAAGUGACACAAUGGUGCUAUGGGAGUCCCUACGGCAGCGAGGAGAAGCCCAGCUACUCCAGGCGGCAGAGGGGAAAUUCACCAUUGAGCCCUUUAAGGCCAAAUCUCCCAAGGAUGUGGAAGACCUGGACAGCCUUGUGCAGACCCAGAGGCUGAGAAACCCCUCAGAGGAUGCAGCUAAGGAUCUUCCUGCCAUCCGGGACCUUAAGAAAUUAGAGUUCGCGUUGGGCCCCAUCUUGGGUCCCCAGGCUUUCCCCACAUUGGCAAAGAUCCUUCCGGCCUUCUCUUCCCUGCAGCACCUGGACCUGGACUCACUCAGUGAGAACAAGAUCGGGGACGAGGGGGUGUCGCAGCUCUCAGCCACCUUCCCGCAGCUGAAGGUCCUGGAGACACUCAACCUGUCCCAGAACAGCAUCACCGAUGUGGGUGCCUGCAAGCUUGCCGAAGCCCUUCCGGCCCUAGCCAAGUCCCUCCUAAGGCUGAGCUUGUACAACAACUGCAUCUGUGACGUAGGAGCCAAGAGCCUGGCACAAGUGCUUCCGGACAUGGUGUCCCUGCGGGUGAUGGAUGUCCAGUUCAACAAGUUCACGGCUGCCGGUGCCCAGCAGCUGGCCUCCAGCCUUCAGAAGUGCCCUCAAGUGGAAACACUGGCAAUGUGGACACCCACUAUCCCCUUUGGGGUUCAGGAACACCUGCAGCAGCUGGAUGCCCGGAUCAGCCUGAGAUGACCCUGCUGUGCCCUGGACAAGGUAGCCAUGUUGGACCACAGAAGGGAGAAUCUCACUCAGGGACAUGUGGGUCAGUGUCCUUGGGAAGGUGUGACUGAGGGCAUCAAGCAAGGCUGGUUCUUGAGUCCAUUUGUCAUCUGGAGUCAGUCUGUCUCUAAAUUGGCAGGUGUCCUCCAGACU